UAAAAGCAGGAAAUAAAACGUGCCCUAAACAUUACACGACGAGGGGACCGGGCUGUAGUGUUUAAGGAGGAAGAAGACGAGGGAAGAGGUGUUUCUGCAGGCCCUUUCUCUUCUUUCAUUAUUUAUUUCCUUAUUAACUGCGAUCAAAACAUUGAUGGUCGAUCCUCCGCCGCUGAGCUCGAGACCCGCGGAAUAUCGUGCAGUCUUUCUUUCACGUCUGUGAGUGUGUGUCGCGAUGGCUCGCCCACGGCCCCGGGAAUAUAAAGCUGGAGACCUGGUUUUCGCCAAGAUGAAGGGAUACCCGCACUGGCCGGCGAGGAUCGACGAGCUGCCGGAGGGAGCAGUGAAGCCGCCAGCUAACAAAUACCCCAUCUUCUUCUUUGGUACCCAUGAGACUGCCUUCCUGGGCCCUAAAGACCUGCUGCCCUACAAAGAAUACAAAGACAAGUUUGCCAAGUCGAACAAGAGGAAAGGGUUUAAUGAAGGCCUGUGGGAGAUCGAAAACAACCCUGGCGUCAAAUUCACUGGUUUCCAGGUGAUGCAGCAGCAGAGCUCGUCUGAGACUGAGGGAGAAGGAGGGAACGCGGCCGAUGCCAGCAGCGAGGAGGAGGAGGAGGGCAAGAUGAAGAGCGACAAGGUCGGAUCCAAGCGGAAAAAAAGCGCAUUCUCAAAGAUGUCGUCCAAGCUGUCCAGGAAGGGUUCGGAUGAAGAUCUGGAGAAGGAUGGCAAAGAUGAGCAGAAGAGCGGCUCAGAGGCUGGUGACCAUGACAACAACAUCCAGAACUCUUCAGACAAGACGUGCAGUCAAGGGAAUCUGUCGCUCCGGGAGGAUCACUAGAUGAUCGUCGGACUCCGGCUCAUGACGCUGAUAUGUGAUAUUGUAAAUGCAUCUUAUUACGCUGAUCGCUUGCAAACUCCCACACAUUAUUAUCUGGUUCAGUCAAACACACACACACACACACACACACACACGACCGUCAUUCCUCUCUGCUGGUUUGGUUUAGAGUUUAGCUUUAAUCUCGGCAGCGAACGUUCAGAUCUCUGUCAUUCCUCUCCUGUCACGCUACAGAUUUCCUUCUUUCACAAUGAACAAACACCUUGUAGGUCAGACGUUCAUUUGUUAAAUGACUUGGCCAUCUUUAACGCUUUUACAUAAUCAGAGAAAAAAGAGUGGAAACUGUAGAAUCCGUAUUAAGUUUUGUGCACAAACAGAGUCGCUGUAACUCCAUUUAUCUCUGUACAUUUGAUUCUAGGAGCUCUGUACUAUUAUCCCGAUGCUAGAGGUACUGCUCAUCUUUUUAAGACGUGAAAUAUCCGUUCGUGUGUCAGUGGGUUGGUUGUUUUCUAGACUUUCUAGUGGCAUGCUGGCUUCUGUUUCCAUUCCGUAGCCCCAUUCUGUUCUGAUGAUGUUCUUCUGUCCGUUUCGUCAGACGGCGCCGAUCCCGUCCUCUUCCCGACGGAAAACGUGCCCUUGAUUUGUUACCUUUUUAUUUCUUAUCUUUGUUUAUAUAAAGAAUAUAUUCUAUUUAUUUUUGAUGAUAGUAGAUGACUCAUCUGUGGUAAAUUCGCACUCACCAAUGUGGUUUUCAUUUCGUUCCAAUUUUUAUUGCCCUCCUACAUGUUGCAUUUUCAAAGUUUGUAGCUACAUGUAAACUGUUUUUCCUGUUUAUUGACUAGAAUUUUACAGAAUAAACUCAUUG